AUGGUUGCUGCACUCCUUUGUCACGUUCAACUUCUCCGACUCUCCACAUGGAAACUUUCUAACAACCCCGCCACUGACAGGAUGAUUCCGCCUGCCGCAUCCGUGUCAGCCGCUUCGCCCUAUAGGGUUAACCUUGUCCACUGCGCUUUGCGGGGCUUGCUGGGAGGGUGUCUGGGAGUGUCAUCGCUGACUCUCCAUUUUGUAACCACUUCGGUUGUUUUUUUCCCCUCUCCUUGUAUCCGCACUUGCUGCGCGGAUGGUCAGCCACACGUUUGUUCACGCUGUGUGGCACAGGGACCGCGCCUCUCAUUAGAUGCUCCUCGAAGUUUCCAGUUGGCAAGCGUCCCGCAACAAGUCCCCUCCCGCGUGUCAGAUUCGCCAUCCUUGCAACGGCAAUACUUCCUAUCUGACAGACUUUUCUCGCGUCUGCCUGUUUUGUGUCUUCCUAUUCCUCCACGGGCUCCCUCCUUAACUUUCUUCGCCAGUUUUCAACCCUAUUCCCCCUUUUCAAAUGGGCACGGGGUAAGUCCUCUCUCGAAAAUGCGCGGUUGCAAGCAAAGCGCCUUCGAGCCUCACCACCACAGGUUAUGGGUUCGCUUUGCCCUCUCCUUUUCUCUGUCUAGGAGUUUGUGGCCUUCGAUCCCACCCAUUGCCUCGAGGCGAUGCGAGUAUUUUUCAUAUCCUCAUCACCAUCUGGGGUCCCGAACAGGGUAA